AUUUGAACUAAUGACUUUGGGAGCGAAGACUUUUUACAAAAGAAUGUAAAGAGCGAUUAAAAGCUUAAGAUCCACGAAAAAUCCACUUCCCAUGGCGGUUCCCUCCAUCUACAGUGAAGAAAUCCCACCGCAGCACCAAGUCUUCAUCAACUUCAGAGGAGAGGAGCUACGAAAAAGCUUCCUCGGGUUUCUGUUGAAGGCCAUGAGAGACGCGAAGAUCAACGUCUUUACAGAUGAGAUCGAAGUCAGAGGUAGAGAUAUACAGAAUCUUUUGAGCAGGAUUGAGGAAUCGAGAGUCGCCAUUGCGAUCUUAUCGAAGAGAUACACUGAAUCGAGUUGGUGUUUGGAUGAAUUAGUGAAGAUGAAGGAACGGAUUGACCAAGACGAGCUCGUUGUCAUUCCAAUCUUCUACAGAUUGGAUGCCACAAACUGUAAAAGACUCGAGGGACCUUUCGGCGAUAAUUUUCGGAAUUUGGAGAGAGACUAUCGAAGCGAGCCUGAAAGGAUCAAGAAAUGGAAAGAAGCUUUGAUCUCUAUUCCCCAAAAGAUUGGCUUAACUUCGGCAGGACACAGGGAUGAGUCUGAAUUGGUUGACUCAAUCGUUAAGGAGGUGAAGAAAGUGCUAAUCGAUGUUUCAAGAAAGGACAGAAACAAUUCUCAAAAUUCCACUAACAUAAAAGGUCAAUCUUUUGAGCCUCUAAUGGCAGAGCUAGACCGACUACCAACACGUCGCCCACAAGUGUUUGUCAAUUUCUGCAAUGACGAGCUUGGCGACAACUUUAUUAAACAUCUCGUGUGGGCUUUGAGAGACUCAGGGAUCAAUGUCUUCAAAGACAGCUUCAAGCUUAUAGGAAGUGGACAAAAACAAGAAGUGUUCAUGAGUAUAGAGAACUCGAAUAUCGCGCUUGCCAUCUUCUCAAAGAGGUAUUCUGAGUCAUAUCGGUGUUUGAACGAGCUUGUGAAGAUGGAAGAGCUUGCCAAGGAAGGAAAACUCGUGGUCAUUCCAGUCUUCUACAGUGUGAAAACAAACGAAGUGAGAAGACUUGAGGGAGAGUUUGGAAUACAUUUUAGAAACACAAAAGAGAGAUUUGCUAUGGAACCAAUGAUGGUUGAAAGUUGGGAAAAAUCCUUGAAGUCAUCUACUGUUACAGGGAGGAUUGGCUUGAGCUUGGAAGCACACAUGAACGAAUUUGCUCUUGUCGGUGCCAUUGUUAAAGAGGUUACAAGAUUACUACCAAACUCUCCAAAGAAGAAGAAGAAGAAGAAAAUUAGGUAUUGGAGAAGUUUUCUUGAGGGCUUUGACUGCUACAUUUAUCUUUGCUGUCUUCAUAUACCCUAUGCCUAUGCCUGAUGUGAACUUUUUGAAAAUUGGUAAGUUGUUAUUAGGCUUUCCGUUUUUGGUUGUUGUCUUGCACAAGAUUUUAUGUUAAUAUUAGAAACAAAAUGAUGUUUUCUCGCUUCUGGCUUGUGGACGCUAACACUAUAUGUAAUGUUGUGACGCACAUCAGCUAUGUCUAUUUGAAUGUUAUCUCUACGGUUAUUUUGUGAUGUACAUAGUAAACCAAUCCAUGUCCACACCGCACUGUGUUGAGAGAAGAUGGUGAUUAUCAGAAUAGAAUUACUAUCAGCUCAAAUUUAUCAUCUUCAAAGACGAGAAAUUUGCAUCCAAGGAAGAGUAUAAUGUGUAAAGGAAAAGGAGAACCGAUACAUGCUACGAUAAACCAAAGGAUGCAAUUCAAACAAAAAAGCCAAGGUUCCCUAAAUGAGAAGACCUGCCUUUCUCGCAAUCUUGGACCUCAUUUCUUCUCACUAGCAUUCUCAAGCUCCUUCUUUAACUGACGCGAGAAGUCGUCACUGACAUCAUCAUCAUCCCAGUCAU